UCCUCUGUUGCUGGUCCCCGCGGCUCGUCACCAGACGCUACUUUUGGCCUCCUGCUCGGUGUGUUUGUGGUCUGUGGCCUGGCUCUGCUGGGCCUUCUCGCGUUCGUCUCCUGGAAGCUGUGCUGUGUGCGUCCUUGGCGUACUAAGGAUCAUUUCCACAGUUCAUCCCUCAGCCCGGCCUGUGGCCCAGAGUCCUGCCCGCCCCAGCCGCCUCCCCUUUUGCCCAGUCCUCAGCAGCCACCGGUCACCAUGGCGACAGAGAAAGUGAAGGACCCCAUGGGCUCGAUGGGCUUCCUGGAGGCAGCAGUGAAGAUAAGCCACACAUCUCCUGACAUUCCUACUGAUGUGCAGCUGUCCAUGAGGGAGCACUUCCUGCGCCGCACGCAGCGCAUGCAGAGGCAAACCACUGAGCCAGCUUCCUCCACUCGGCACAAUUCAUUCAAAAGACACCUGCCCAGGCAGAUGCAGGUAGGCAGUCUAGACCUGGGAAACGACUAUGUGGUGGACAAAGAAGAAAAGCCCACCAGCAUCGGUCGCAUCCAGCCAGAACUCUACCAGCAGAAGACCCCGGAAUCAGAGGAUUCAUCCAAGAACGGCAGCAGCAAGAACUGUGGCUCGAUUAACUUCUCUCUCAAGUACGACUAUGAAAAUGAGGCCCUCCUAGUCAACAUCCUCAAGGCAGUAGACCUACCAGCCAAGGACUUAUGCGGCACAUCUGACCCUUACGUGAAGAUCUACCUGCUGCCGGACCGCAAGAAGUUCCAGACUCGUGUCCACCGUAAGACACUCAACCCCACAUUCAGCGAGAGCUUCCAGUUUCCUGUGCCUUACAAUGAGCUGGCGGUCAGGAAGCUCCACAUGAGUGUCUUUGACUUUGACCGGUUUUCACGGCAUGAUAUGAUCGGGGAAGUGGUGCUGGACAACUUGUUCGAGAUAUCAGACCUCUCCAGGGAGACGAACAUAUGGAGGGAAAUCCAAUAUGCCACCAGUGAAAGCGUCGACCUUGGAGAGAUCAUGUUUUCACUUUGCUACCUGCCCACCGCAGGCAGACUCACACUGACUGUCAUCAAGUGCAGGAACCUCAAGGCCAUGGACAUCACUGGGUACUCAGAUCCCUACGUGAAGGUGUCGCUCAUAUGUGACGGGAGGCGUUUGAAAAAGAAGAAGACGAGCAUUAAAAAGAACACUCUGAAUCCCACCUACAACGAGGCCAUCAUCUUUGACAUCCCGCCAGACAGCAUGGACCACGUCAGCCUGCACAUCUCCGUCAUGGACUACGAUCUGGUAGGUCAUAAUGAGAUCAUUGGCGUGAUGAGGGUUGGAUGCAGCGCCGAGGGACUUGGCAGGGACCACUGGAACGAAAUGCUGGCUUAUCCACGCAAGCCCAUUGCACACUGGCACCACCUGCUGGAGCCCAAGAAAUCUGAGAAGGAGUGGAAGGCGAGGACAGCCAGCUUUGACAGCCAGGGCUCCUGCCCCUCACCCAGGCCCCCUGCUAGUCCCUGAGCAGAGCCACCUGUGACCCAGCAGCCCAGAAGAGGGUUUCCUCCCUCCUGCUGAUCCACUUCCUGUCUGUCUGAUUGAGGAGAAACACAACCCCACUGUCUCUCCCUCUCUCUGUCUCUCUGUUCCUCCCUUCCUCAAGUCUAGUCCCAGAGCACUCCUAAGAACUGGUCUAGGACUGCAGUCAGUCAGUUAGUUGUGUGAAACGCAGUCUUUUUGGGUUAAAGUUUUAGGGUCACUGAUUUGAAAAGUGGGUGCUGCAGUGACCUGCAGCUGCCCUUAUUGUCUUCAGAAGAAAUUGGCCGGACUCCCAGUCGACAGACGUUUAAUAUUGAGCUGUCCGAGCUGAGGUGAAUGGAUUUCUGUGUCCUCACAGGAGACUUUCUAAAAUCCAAGGAUUCAGCUCUGUGCUGCAGAGACCCUUUGAUGGAAAGGAAAACCUCAGAUUUCGUUCCGUGAGAGCGGCGGAUGUUUCACAAAGGGAAGCUGAGGACACGGUUGGGGUAGAAAAAGAGACCAUCACAAACGGGAUCCGAAGCAGUUUCAAAACUCCACAGCUCUCUCACUGCGUUUCACAGUGCUGUAUUAACAUAAAAACCAUGAUGUGUAGCAUUUCUGAACUAUGACAUGUAAAACCGCUCCAUUAGCUGUUAUUGUUUGUGAAUAGAAAAAAAUGAAUUUCAAAGAUCCAGCUGAGUUUUCUCGUACUUCCAGUUUCAUCGUUAACAUAAGCAGGUAUCUGAGAGGUUGGCUGAAAGUGACUCGUUCUCAGCUUGGCAAUUUGCAGCUUCAGUUUUGCACAAGCAGCCGAGACAACAGUUUUUAUGUAGCAAGGAAGAAGAAACAGCAGGAUUGCUGGUAUUCACAGGAAAGCAAACUGGCUGCAGUGUCAUUACCCACUUCAAGUCUUAAAACAAAACACUUUCUUCAGUCUUAGGCAAUUUGCAAUGGAGGAAGCAGAAGGUUGAAUUAGCUGACGCAAGGCACAGCGUAACAAUUGAAAAACAGGAAUAAUAAGUAGACAGAAAGAGGCUUUUUGUCAGGUUUCGGCGAGCAUCAUGAUCACCUCCUUCUUUGUUUGAUGUUCAGCAAUGUCACCCUUUUCUUCCAAAUGAAAACUCAACACAAAACACUGUUUUCCUUCGGACUCACGCUGUUUUACGGCACUUCUUCGUCUCUUCUUGCUCACUUUCUGAACAGGUUUCGGUGGAUGUGUAUAGUUUCAUGUAAAGCCGUCUGCCAGUUACUGUGUGUAUAUGUUUUGUUUUUCUAAACAGAAAACCAGAAAAGAUCCAGUCGGUAUAAAUGUAAAAAUAUAACUGACAUUUUGAUUAUAUGUAGCCUUGUUGGUUGGUGGUGAUGACUGAGAAAAGGUCAACACGUUUAUACACAUGCAACUUUGUCGAUGUCCUGUCGUUAAUCAUGCCGUUGCCCAGGGGGUUAUUUGAAUUUGUCAUCCAGAUGUUUGAUCUGCGACAUGUGGUCAGUGGAUUAUCUUUGAGGAUAUUUGAUGUGACGAAGAAAAAGACUGCAGCACUGCUGCUAUAUCACUUUUCUACACGUUGGUGUGAUUCCUUGAAUGGCUCGCUGCAGAUCAUUUGCUCUCUUUACAACAAUUUGAGUUUUAGUCAGAUAAAAGGUGCACAAAAUCCCAAACAUUACGGAGUGAAGGUUCAGUAGAGCUCUGUGGUGAGAAUAAAAGCACAUUAAGUAGUUUUUUAUUUCCAGUACAGACUCCAGCAGUGGUAGUUGAUGGGUUUCUGAGCACUGAGAUGUGUGGGCUCACGGGGGGAAAACGUGCGGCUCCCGGCCAAUUGCAAAUGCAACUUUUAAUAAAAUUCACACAAGUCAACAGAAGAAAAUGCAAAUAAAAAUGCAUUGUUAUUUGCUGCCAUUAUGUUAAUCACUGGAAAUAUUAUGUUGACAAUCCGAUGAAAGUACUGAAGUUAUAUGUCUUUCUUUGGAGUUGUGUUUUGUCUGCCACCAUAUUUAGGCUUCAGGUACGUCAUAAUUUAUUGUUGAAUUUCACUUUUACUGAUACAUUAACUUUUCCACUCAAGUCAAGACGUAAGCGUCAGCUCACUUAUUGCAUUUUGAGUUUGAUUUAUUAUGACUUUUAUUGUCUCUAACUGCAACACAAAGGGCCACAUUAUGUUGGCUAGACAGGGCUGAUAGUCCGUCAAAAGUGUCACAAAUUUACAGUAAUUAUACUGGUUUCCAGGAAAAUUUAUGGUUGUUUUAUUUCUAAACAAUGCAAAAAUCAUGACAUGGAUGAGUUUUCUGACCCUUUUGUGUAAAAUAUCAGUAAUGGAGACUGCAAAUGUCUUUGUGACGAGAGUAACAUCAUGUUCUCCCAGUUUCAGGUUUAGCCUCGAGUCGUUGUAGUUCUGCUGUGCUGCAGUCGGCGAGCACAGAUACCAUCAGUACAUUUGGGCCAGGAAAUGUUAAGCUACAGAGUCAAUGUGAUAUCAGGCAGGAGAACUUCCAGGAGACACAAAUUGUAUUUGGCAAAGCUUGUACUGAUAACUGCUUUUCGAUAUGAGGACCAUUUAUUGAAUAGCAUCUCUUUAUCGCAGCAGCAGCCCACAGCGUCUUUAAUCUGAUACGUGACAAUGUUUUCGGCAGUGGCUUAGUCUGGUCUAGACUGCUGGUGCCUCAUCCGGCAGCAGAGGACGAGUAAUACUCAUACUGCCCUCAGCCAGACCACUGCACGAUGAACAAGCCAUAUAUCUCAGAGUCUGUGAAAAUGUCUUUGAGAAAUUGAGGAGCCAGACAUCAAGACAUGAGCAGAUGCAUUCAGCAGACCCUUCCAGAUCUGUUUUAGUCAUUUCCGUCACGGUGAGUUUAGUACUUGACCGUGUGUGUGUGUGUGUGUGUGUGUGUGUGUGUGUGUGUGAGGCUGAGACGACAGCGUGGGGGCAGCUGAUGGGUGGGCAGGUCAGCGUCUACAGAGCAGUGACAUUUCUCUAAUUGGCACUUGUUAUACCACGAAUGAGUCAGUGCAUUAUUGUGUGUGUUUGACAUGAUCCAUCACAGCAUCAGCACUAGUUCACUGAGUCACACAGUUGUUUUGAUGGCGCAGUUCCUCUCUAGACUAAUGGCAUUAUUCAUAGCUUUGUAUGAUCUUCAUUUAGUGUAAAAUUUGAAACAAGUGGUAGAAAAAUAACGUUUCCGUUCCUCCUUCUUUUUCAAACCUGUGCUUUACAAUGGUCAUAUAUUUCUCUGACAGUGUGGUGUGUUUUCAUCGUAUAUGAGACCCAUUAAAUUGAUUGCCUCAGUUUAUGGACUGUUUCAAGCCCUUCUAGCUUUGCCUAAUAUUGUAACGUUUCUUUAUAUGAUCUUGUAUCCCUUCCAAGCGUUAAGAUAGCACUGAAUUUCCAAUUUUCUAUUGAACAUUUUGUAUUUGUAAUAAUAGAAAUGUUUGAGAAAAUGUUCUGGUGAUUGACAUUAACAGUUGUUAGUUCAGACAACAGCAUAUUAUGAGUUCCUUUUAGAUUUACCAAGACCCACCAUAACAAGUGACCCAGUGUGUAAUAAAGUGAACUGAAAUAGCAUACAGUAUGUCCACCACAAAUUGUCAUUAUUUUGUUUGAACAAGUCUGAAAAUCAACAGCAGAACACCGUUUGUUGUUUUUUAUCUUUCUUUCUCCCAUGGGAUGUGAUGUGUUAUCAGUUCUGUGACAUUGGAUUUUCUUUUCUUUGAUUAAAAGAGUUAUGCAAA